AUGGAGCAGGGAACCAGCCUGGAAAAAGAGCCCUUGUUGCCGCCUCCGCUGCCAGGGGCUGCCGAGCGUCACCGGCUCUACUCGGGCACGGACCGCGGAGACCUGGAGGAUGAUGGACACUGCUGCGUGUCCGCGGCCUCCUCGCCUCGUUCUGACGGACCUGCCAUUGAUGACCCUGAACUCUAUUUCAACCAAGCUGUAGUAUUCAUUGAAGAUGCAAUUCAGUAUCGCUCUAUAAAUCAUCGUGUGGACUCUAACUCCUUGUGGCUUUAUCGGUGGUAUUAUUCAGAAGUUUGCCAAUGGAUUUUGAUUCUCACCAUUACGCUAAUCCUGGCUCUUGCUUUCAUUGAAACUCCUUCUUCACUUACCGUCACAUCAGAUGUUCGAUAUCGCUCAGAAGCUUGGAAGCCUCCUUGUGGCCUGACUGAAAGCAUUGAACUGCUUUGCUUCCUCAUCUUUAUAGCAGAUGUCUCUGUAAAGAGCUACUUAAUUGGAUGGGAAGAAUUUCGGAAAACCAAGUGGUUAAUGGCCUACAUCCUGGUCCUGCUCAUCUCCCUGAUAGACUGGAGCAUUUCGCUGAGUACUUCCUGUCAUGAAAACCUGAGGAUAAGACGUAUUCUUCGACCUUUCUUCCUUCUCCAGAAUUCUUCAAUGAUGAAAAAAACACUAAAAAGCAUCAAGAGGACACUACCAGAAAUUACAAGUGUUAUGCUGCUGUUAGCUGUUCAUCUGUUUCUCUUUACCAUGUUUGGCAUGCUGCUGUUUGCUCGGACAAAAGAUGGCCCACAGGAUAAAGAGUGGCAAGGAUAUUUUCGUAAUUUGCCAGAUUCAUUAACUUCAUUGCUGGUACUGUUGACAACUGCAAAUAAUCCAGAUGUGAUGAUUCCUGCGUAUUCUAAGAAUCGAGCAUAUUGCAUCUUCUUUGUACUCUUCACUGUAAUAGGAAAUUUAUUUCUGAUGAACUUGUUGACAGCAAUAAUAUACAAUCAGUUUCGUGGAUAUCUUUUGAAAUCGGUUCAAUCAUCGCUUUUCCGGAGACGCUUGGGGAUCCGUGCUGCCUUUGAAGUUCUUUGUUCUUUGAAAGAGACUUCGAUCAAUAAAAAUAUCUUGUGUGUCCAAUCUGAAGCUCUUCUUCAAGUCCUCCAGAAAGUAAAAAUGGAUUCCUACUGCAAAGAAGCAAUCAUUAGGAAGCUUAAAUCUUGCCCUCCAGGAGAGCUGUCAGCUACUCAGUUUCAGACACUUUUUGAGGAACUCGACAAGCAUAAAGUUAAAGAGCGUCCUUCCCAACCAGAUUAUCAGUCACCAUUCUUACAGCGAGUUCAGUUUAUUUUUGGACAUCACUACUUUGGGUAUUUAGGAAACCUUGUAGCACUAGCAAAUAUUUUCUGUGUAUGCGGAGUCAUGGUAAUAGAUGCAGAUAAGCCACCUGCUCUGCGAGAUGACUUUUUUUUAGGGGUUACAAACUGUUUCUUUAUUUUGUACUACCUUCUGGAAAUGUUGCUGAAAUUAAUGGCCUUGGGAUUAAAAAGAUAUUUAUCCUAUCCAAGCAACGUAUUUGAUGGACUUCUGACUUUGGUCCUGAUGGUUUUGGAGGUGUCCACAUUUGCUGUAUAUGGGUUUCCUCAUCCAGGCUGGAGACCUGAAAUGUUGGGAUUGCUGUCUCUAUGGGACAUGGUUCGUCUAGCAAAUAUGCUGAUUGUGUUCAGAUUUUUAAGGAUCAUCCCAAACAUUACAUUCAUGUCUUUAGUUGCCAGUACACUGCUGGAUCUAGUGAAAAACAUAAGAACCUUUGCAGGAAUUCUGGUGGUGGCUUUCUAUGCAUUUGCAAUAAUUGGCAUGGAGCUGUUUGGAGGCACCAUUACUCCCAUGCAGGGCAAUGUCAGCCUUGUAAGUAAUACAACUUUGCAGUGUGGCACGUUUGAACAACUGGAGUAUUGGCCAAACAACUUUGAUGAUUUUGCUGCAUCUCUAGUGAUUUUGUGGGAUGUGAUGGUUGUGAACAACUGGCAAGUUUUCUUGGAUGCAUAUUCCAGAUAUUUAUCUCCCUGGUCAAAAUUGUACUUUGUCACCUGGUGGUUGACUUCCUCUGUCAUCUGGGUCAACCUUUUUAUAGCCUUGCUUUUAGAGAAUUUUAUUCAUAAAUGGGAUCGUCGCUGCCAUAGGCCAUCUCUCUCAGAAGUUGAAUAUCAAAUGACAGUGGAACUCCUCUUCAGGGAUGUUUUGGAAGAACCAACGGAGGAAGAACUGAUUGCAAGACUUCACCAGCAUCCACAUAUGCAUCUAUAUAGAUGACACCUAGCUGGAAGUGGCAAUCCAGCCUCAUCAUGCCUGCAUGCAGGUUUUAUAGCUAAAGAGAAGAUGACUCUUAUUUCUUUCUAGAAAGAGUGCUAAUUUGAUUUUAU